UUCCGCCCCUCUUCCGUCCAGUGCUGUGGUGAGCGCGUGUGCCCCUGAGCGAGCCUCGGCACACAUCUUAUUAAAAAAAUCAAAAAUACAAAAAAAAUUACAAAACAGAAAAUCAACAAAAAAUCUAUUUUCGUCUUUGUAACCGAGACUCGGUGAAGCAGUGGAGUCGCAGCCGGAUUAUCAGCUUUAUCUCCCGGACCAGGUUAGCGUAACUAGCAUUUUUAAGGGAUUAGCUUAGUGUGCUAACUGAUUAGCAUUAGCGCACAGCAGGUCGUCGACGGAUUUUCUGUCUUUAGUGUUUUAUCUUAUCGAAUUUGUCAUUUUUUUAAAGAGAAAAAAAUAAUUAUCGGAUCUAAAUCCUAAUCGGUUUGUUUGUGUGAAAAACAAACCGUGAGUUUAGUUGCCAUAGUUACCGAGCGUUUAGAUUAGACUAGCCCGCUAGCAGCGUGUGUGGCCUGAGCCGCGCGCUCCCUGUGUUUCCGGUUAGAUCAGUGCGCGUGAACAGAAGGUGCUGAAGAUGAACCCCAGCGCUCCCAGUUACCCCAUGGCCUCCCUGUACGUGGGGGAUCUACACCCUGACGUCACCGAGGCCAUGCUGUACGAGAAGUUCAGCCCCGCGGGUCCGAUCCUCUCCAUCCGGGUCUGCAGGGACAUGAUGACCCGCCGCUCGCUGGGGUACGCCUACGUCAACUUCCAGCAGCCCGCCGACGCCGAGCGAGCUCUGGACACGAUGAACUUUGACGUGAUUAAAGGCCGCCCCGUCCGCAUCAUGUGGUCCCAAAGAGACCCGUCGCUGAGGAAGAGCGGCGUCGGGAACAUCUUCAUCAAGAACCUCGACAAGUCCAUCGAUAACAAGGCUCUUUACGACACCUUCUCUGCCUUCGGGAACAUCCUGUCCUGCAAGGUGGUGUGUGAUGAGAACGGCUCUAAGGGUUAUGGCUUUGUGCACUUCGAGACCCACGAGGCUGCAGAGAGAGCGAUAGAGAAGAUGAACGGCAUGCUGCUCAACGACCGCAAAGUGUUCGUCGGACGCUUUAAAUCCCGUAAGGAGCGUGAGGCUGAGAUGGGAGCUCGCGCCAAAGAGUUUACAAACGUCUACAUCAAGAACUUCGGCGAGGACAUGGACGACGAGAAACUCAAAGACAUCUUCAGCAAAUUCGGGCCUGCGCUGAGUAUUCGAGUCAUGACUGAUGAAGGCGGAAAAUCUAAAGGCUUCGGCUUUGUGAGUUUUGAGAGACACGAAGACGCCCAGAGGGCUGUGGAUGAGAUGAACGGGAAGGAGUUAAACGGUAAGCAGGUGUACGUGGGUCGAGCACAGAAGAAAGGUGAGAGACAGACGGAGCUGAAACGAAAGUUUGAGCAGAUGAAGCAGGACCGCAUGACUCGCUACCAGGGUGUGAACCUGUACGUAAAGAAUCUGGACGAUGGUCUGGAUGACGAGCGUCUCCGUAAAGAGUUCUCACCUUUUGGAACCAUCACGAGCGCCAAGGUGAUGAUGGAGGGCGGUCGAUCAAAGGGCUUCGGCUUCGUGUGUUUCUCGUCGCCGGAGGAGGCCACCAAGGCGGUGACGGAGAUGAACGGCCGCAUCGUCGCCACCAAGCCGCUGUACGUCGCGCUGGCGCAGCGCAAAGAGGAGCGUCAGGCGCAUCUCACCAACCAGUACAUGCAGAGGAUGGCCAGCGUGCGCGCCGUCCCAAACCCUGUGCUCAACCCCUACCAGCCCGCACCCCCGUCAGGGUACUUCAUGGCUGCCAUUCCUCAGGCCCAGAACAGAGCUGCCUAUUACCCCAGCAGUCAGCUGGCACAGCUCCGCCCAAGUCCCCGCUGGGCCACCCAGAGCGUCCGGCCGCAGCAUUUCCAGAACAUGCCAAACGCAAUCCGACCUGCAGCGCCACGCCCACAGACCUUUGGCACCAUCCGCCCAGCGACCAAUCAGGUGCCACGCAUGAUGCCCUCACAGCGCAUGGCUUCUCAGGCGUUAGGCCCGCGUCCAGCCAAUGCAGGUGCAGCUACAGCCGCGGCGCCGGUGCGAGCGGUGCAGCAGUACAAGUACACACCUGGAGUACGCAACACACAACAACACCUGACGCCACAAGUCCCCAUGCCACAGGCUGCAGUACAUGUACAGGGUCAGGAGCCGCUCACUGCCUCCAUGCUGGCUGCCGCCCCCCCACAGGAGCAGAAGCAGAUGCUGGGUGAACGCCUGUUCCCAUUGAUCCAGAACAUGCACCCGACCCUGGCUGGGAAAAUUACUGGCAUGCUGCUGGAGAUCGACAACUCGGAGCUGCUGCACAUGCUCGAGUCUCCAGAGUCACUGCGCUCCAAGGUGGAUGAGGCGGUGGCUGUGCUGCAGGCUCACCAGGCGAAGGAGAAUGCUCAGAAAUCUGUGAGCACCGCACCUGUUCCUGCUGUGUAAUCACACAUAACGAGAACCAGGAUAAUCUCUCUGCGUUCAGCUGCUUCACCCAGACUGGGACAAGGAAAAAAAUAAAUAAAUAAUUAAACAUAGAAAAAAAUAAAACGCUGAAAAAAGAGAAAAGAAGAGAAAAGGAAAAAACAGAUUUCAGAUGCAAACACUGCCGGGUCUCACGGAGGCCCUGACUAUAAAUAAAUAAAUACACCCAAAAAAACGGCAAAACAUUUAAAAAUUAAUUUGACAUGAAAUCAUUCCUUUUGUUUUUAUUCUUCUCGCUGUCUGAGUGUCUGUCUGUCUGUCUGUCCGUCUCGUCCUUCCUCACACUCGAUAGCUGGGCUCUGGGAACAUGUGAAUUGGAUUAAUAAAGUUUGAAACAUGUUUA